CUUGGAAGGCCUGGAAGUGCGUAUAGUCUAUCGAUUUGUUUACUGACACUGUGGAAAUCCCCUCAGUUCUAGAACGUCAGAAAUCUCACGCGUGCCAAGAAUUUUGUCUGCAGAAGAGAUGCCUCAGCAGUGGCAAGAGGAUUAUCCAUAGAGUCUGUUUGGAGUUUUUGUGGAGAGUGUCAAGUGCCAAAAGAUGUGCAUGAGGGGCGAUAAAUCCGACGAUGAGGAAGAAGUGUCAGCUGAGGAAAAGCUGCCCAUUGUGUUCUGUAAGGAGUACAAUGUGAGAUUCUGUGGGAUUGAGAAACUUGUCAGCACGAAUACGGCUGCUGCGAAGGGAGAUGGAAUCUUCAGGAAACUCUGUGAGGAGGAUUUUCUGACGGAAAGAUGGGUUUAUAGGCCUCAGAGGGAGAUUUCGAGGCAGGAACUUAAGGUUGUGCAUACGAAGAGGUACCUGAGGAGUCUACGAUGGAGUGUCAAUGUGGCCAAGAUAACCGAAGUGCCAAUUUUGCUUUUCCUGCCCAUUUUCUGCAUUGAGAGAGGAUACCUCAAGCCAAUGCGCUUUCAGGCAGCUGGAACUCUGUUGGCUGGGGAAUUGGCACUGAGCCAGGGAUGGGCUAUCAAUCUGGGAGGGGGAUUUCAUCAUUGCAGUGGAGACAAGGGUGGUGGAUUCUGCGCCUAUGCUGACAUUAGUCUCCUGAUCAGGAAACUUAUGACAGAUCCAUAUGGCAUCCGGAGAAUCAUGAUUGUUGACCUGGAUGCUCAUCAGGGAAAUGGUCAUGAGAGGGAUUUCAUGGAUGACGACAGGGUGUUCAUUCUGGACAUGUACAACGCUAGUAUUUACCCAAGGGACAAGGAAGCCAAAGUGGCCAUCAGGAGAAAAGUUGAACUUCGACCCUUCACUCAAGAUCGCGAAUAUCUCCACAAACUCCGCACCAAUCUCGAUGCUGCCCUUGCGGAAUUUUCCCCAGAAGUCAUUGUCUACAAUGCCGGAACGGACAUCCUGGAUGGAGAUCCUCUAGGUGCCCUGGCUGUCUCCCCAGAUGGCGUCAUCCAACGCGAUGAGGAAGUUUUCAGACGAGCCAUUUCAGCCAAAAUCCCCAUUGUGAUGCUCCUAAGCGGCGGAUACUUACGCUCAGCUGCCACUGUUAUUGCCAAUUCCAUUCUCAACCUCAGUGCCAAAGGACUUCUGCCCAGGCGCCACUAAAGUUACCCAAACAACAAAAAAAAUGUAAAAAAAUUCCCCUCAAUGUGCAAUAAAUAUUUUAUUUAAAUAUU